AGUCACCCACCGAGUCGACCAGGCAAGGGAAUGAAAAUGAAAUUGAUACACAGAACGAUACAGACAGCAGCAGCGGGGUGUCCUCGCCUCACUAGAUUCACUCUUCACGCUCCCAAGUCUGUAGAGGUGGAAUUCGACAAUGGUAAUUUAUACAAUUUGUCAGCUGAAUAUCUGAGAAUUUAUAGCCCAGCAGCUGAUAGUAAGAUUCGUACUGUUGGUGGUGAAAAGGUGAUAUCUGGGAGGCGUUAUGUUGGAAUCAUGUCUGCAGAGCCUAUAGGGAACUAUGGGGUAAGGUUGCUAUUUGAUGAUUUGCACAAAACUGGUAUCUUUACAUGGGAUUACUUCUACCAUCUUGGGAGCAACAAGUUCUCCCUCAUGAGAAAUUACGUCGAAACUCUCAACAAGCAUGGACUAAGCCGGGAUCCACCCAGAAGAAAGUGACAACCUGAUCUAAAUAUCCUCGACUUUCCCAAGCAUCCUUGACGUGGAAAAGAACUUAUGAAUUCGCGAUAUUGAGUUGAUGAGAGUGUAGAAUCGCGUUUUGUUGUUUCUUUCUGCUUGCUUGUUGGGUUUUCUGAGGCAGUCAAUCUGCACUUCUGCUUUCGAACUUUCAAACACUGUUAUGACCUUUUGCCAUUAUUUUGCCUUCUUUAUGAAAUGGCACCUUGCUCUCAA